GAUCGCACCUCGUACUCAACUCAGUUCAGAGAAUGUCGAAGUUUCAUGCUGGUCAUAACCGACUUAGUUCCGAAUGUAGACAAAAUUUACAGCAGCUUUUACGGGAUGCUGAUUUCGUCCCAUGUGACGCAUGGCUUACGUGUUUGGGAUGACGUCACAUAUCCAGUCCAUGCCAGCUCAUUCACGCCAUCCAUGCGGUCGCGCUGGCAUGGUCGUGACGCUGGCGAGAACCGAGAACUCCUCGUUACCGUUAGAUCGAGCAGCAGGCUCGAGAUCCGCGCAUUUCAGCCACCCCAGCCAUGUGUGCGCGCUGCCAUGCGCUUCUAGAAGCGGCGAGAACGACUCUCAACCACUGAUUCAGUAUCGCCUUACAAACCGCAGCGCCAGCAAACCGACAAUCUCGUCACCCAAUGAGAACCGACCGGCAAUCUCGCAGCCAACCAGAACUCUCGGUACCAGGAGGAGUGGUCCCGAAGUUUGUUGACCCAUGGGUGGCAGGCCAAGCUCGCUCCUUCUGCCUAGCAGCUUCAGUGGUCGCCUCUCGAUGGUGGGUACAAACACGAAUCUCAUCAUUACUACUUCUUCAGUCACACCUCAGUUGCACUCACAUUCUUGAAUCACACUCGGUUGCCUCACAUCUGUUGAACCUUGCUCAUCGCUCUCUGCUCUCUAGCAAGCAACACCCACUAGCAUCAGCAUGGCCUCUGCUGCUGCUGCUGCUGCUGCCAGGAUCAGCUUUGACUUUGGCAUUGAAGUGCUCAGCUCGCCCUUUGAGUGGAUCACGGAGUUCACUGCUGAGGAUGAAGCCUACCUGGCUGACUUCUCAGUCAGUGGAUCUCCUGAACAGCCUACAAGGCCUGCUGCCAGGAUCAGCUUUGACAUUGAAGUGCUUAGCUCGCCCUUUGAGUGGAUCACGGAAUUUACUGCUGAGGAUGAAGCCUACCUGGUUGACUCCUUAGUCAGGGGAUUUCCUGCGCAGCCUACACGGCCUGCUGUGCGGAUUAGCUUUGACGUUGAAGUGCUCAGCUCUCCGUUUGAGUGGAUCACGGAAUUCACUGCUGAGGAUGAAGCCUACCUGGCUAAUUCCUCUGUCAGUGGAUCUCCUGAACGGCCUACAAGGACUGCUGCCAGGAUCAGCUUUGACGUUGAAGUGCUGAGCUCGCCUUUCGAGUGGAUCACGGAGUUCACUGCUGAGGACGAAGCCUACCUGGCUGAUUCCUCAGUCAGAGGAUCUCCUGCGCAGCCUACAAGGCUUUCAUUCCCCCUGGAGGAGCCACUGGAUCUGACUCGCUGGACCUUCACUUCGGUGAACCCGUUGUUCCAGUGGACCUCGGAUUGGAUUGCAGAGGAGGAGGCGUACCCUGCGGAUUUGAACACCCCUCAAGUCCUCAACGGCUCUCUUGCUGAUGAAUCCGCCAGCAGCAGCAGCAGUGGCUUCAGCCUGCUGAACUCUCCAAGCAGCUUCAGCACCAAUAGCAGUGGCAGCAGUGGGGAGAGCAGCAGUGUGCUUCGUGUCACUCCUGACGCGCCUCCAUUCAAGGCGCUGAAAUCCUGCCUGAAGGCCAAGGCACGCUCACCCGCUGCAGUGACUGAUGCGACUGGAGCUGGUUCUGGCGCUCAGCGGCGAGUACGAUUCGCUGAUGACCAGAUUCCCCCGAAAGCUGCUACAAGCAAGACGGAACCAGAGAAGUCAGCCAGAGGACCAUCCAGGUCUGGGCCGACUGUUACGCCAACAGCAAGGGGUAAGGUCGCUGCUACAGCUCCAGCUGUGAAGGGUAGUCUCCCGAAGCCUGCAGCAGCACAAAAGAAAUCGCCAGUGAGAGGUGCAGCUGUGAGGUCUACCCAACUGCCCUCCCCUGCCAAGGCUGCAGCAGUGAGGUCAACAACGACCACGGCUGCAGCAGUGAAGAAGAGUGCUACGAGGAGUGGAGCAGUGACGACAUCAGCAUCAAAGGCGGCUGCAGUUAACGGCUCAAAACUUACAAGUGCUGCUGGUGGUGGUGCUGCUGGUGGUGCUGCUGCUGCUGCUGCAGACACGAAGAGAGGUGGGAAGGUGGUGGCGUGUGAAAUCUCAACAACCAAGAGAGUUGUUGGCGUGCAGAAGGCAAAGGUGAUGCCCCGGUGGACAUAAAUAAAGCCUGCCGUGGCUCAUAGGCAAGCACUCGUGCGUGAGCAGCACACUCAUGAUCCGGUGAAGACGGAUGGGUUACAGGGAGGAGGAAAGUGGGUGGUGAAGGCUGGCUGUACCCCUUUUUGCACCCUGCCUGGCAGGGUGUUUGGGAGAGUUGGUAAGUCUUUGGUGGGGGAUGGAGGCUCGAAAUGGAAGCAAUGGAUGUCUGUGCUGCUCAUCACGCAGGAGGGGGACGGACGCUAGGGGAUGCAGCAGGAGGUGGAGGCACGCCAGAAGGGUCCUCAUGCCACUCCAUGAGGGAGAAUGCCCUCGUUCCUCUGGUUCCAAGUCGCCAGCCACAGCCUUGCAGCAUCACUAGCUCGAUGUUGGAAAUAUCUCAAAGGACUUAAGCGUUUCUGAAGUGUAACACUGCACUCAAGGAAGAUUACAGGGGAGCACGCAAGUCAACGGAGGUUACACGAGGGGGCGGACAAAGAAUGCGAAGAGACUCGAAAGGUGGCAACCGGAGGUUGCGACUGACCGUUACAACAUCACGGAUGGUAACCGAAGCGGCAAUCGAGUCGCUGUGCGACUCGAUAAACCGUUCCUGUAACUGUAUUCUACAACUGCUUUCUUAUCUUCUAUA